UUCAACCAUGAAGAACUCUCGAUUGAAUGAAUGCUCACUGAAGUACUUUCAUCAAGUCAAUCGAUCGACAAGAGAAGGUGCCGUGUGGCCACACACCCAUCCAUCCAUCCAUCAGGCGGGCUCUCCGCACCACGGAGGCCAUGCACAUGCCAUUAAUGCACUGCGUAGCAUGGGCCUACCUAGGACGAGCCACAAAUCACAUGUGGAUAAAGCUAGUCAUGUCAGUCAUCAACACACAAGCACAACGGGUACAACACAUACACGCAAUCAAUGUCUGGACACACCUACCUCACGGCACCCUUUUCCUUUCAGGACGCCACAUACCCUCGCUCAUUACAUACCACGACGGACACCCACACACAGGCACACAGAGGGCGCGGCGCACGCCCUUCCCCUCACACGCAGAAGGGAGGGAUCAGUCGCCGGAAGGAUCAACAGGCUGCGGACAAAUACACGCACACACACACACAUCCAUCCACCCGUCCAUCCAUUCAUCCAAUCAUCCAAUCAUUGUGUCCAUGCGUAGUGUGUGCUCACCCCGACGAAGUCCACGAGGAACUUUCGCCACACGGCCCAGCCUCCCACAUCGCCGAAGAGGCUGCCUUUGGGUUUCUUGAGCUCGAAUCCCUCCUGGCGCACCAUCUCAGCAUCGACGUCGAAGUCCUUCUCCACCUCAUCCCUGACCUUCUCGAACCGGGGCGGCGGGCACGAAAACCCGGUGACCGACCAGCCAUAAAUGGCCUCGCCCCAGCUGCACACACACAGACAGACAGACAGACAGACAGACAGACGGAGAGGGGAUUUAUUGACUGCCGCCCGCUGCUCUUACGUCUGACAGAUCCUUACAGGCGGAAUGGAAUAGCAUUGCCCCACUCGGCGACGAUAUCUGGCUUCUCGACGGCGAACAUGAGGCAUUUGCUGGCCACGUCGAGAAAUUCGCCCCAAUCCCAUGUGGCAGUGGGGGCCGCGCCGCUGGUCGACGAUGACGAUGCCGAUGCCGAGGACGAUGAGGAUUGAGAGGACCGGAACUCCACAGGGAGGUGUUUGACGUCAACCUGUGGUACGCGGGCACACGCAUAGGUGCGUCCGUCGUUGGGUGUUGGAAGGAAGGAUGCUGUGUUUCUUACUUACAGCCGCUUUGCAGAAUAUGAGGAAGUCCUCACAGAUGUCCAUUCUCUCUCCUCCACUGUACAAACCGCGGGUCUCGCCCUGCACACACCAUGGACACACACAUACCCACCCACCCACCCACACACACACCCCGCCCUCUCCAUGUCCCUCCCUCCCCCUCGUCCGUCCGUCCCCUGCUCACGUACGUACCGUCAAGACGAGCUCAUCCUCGACGCGCAUGCGGUAGACAUCCACCACCCACUGGUAGGCACGGGCAGGCUUGAGCUCAUACGGACCGCUGAAGCCCAUCUUGGCCCCCGCCUGCACGUCGAUCGGCAGGCUGCCGAACGGCGCACUCGCAAACUCACCACCGAUGCCGCCGGCCUUGAACGCUGCUAUCAGAUUCUCAAGUUUGUCGCCAUCCACUCCGCCCUGACUGUUGAAGACGCCCUCUAACUUGACGGCAGGGGCACUCGUGGCAGGAGCACUCGUGACAGGGGCAGCAGCUGGUGCAGGCGUCUUCUUGGCAGCAAACUGGCGCGUGCAUGCUUGUUUAUGGCCGCCGCUCCAGUCCUUUCUCUGGCAUGCUUUGUCACAGUAGAAGCGUGACUGCAGACAGCAGCACCAACCAGACAUACAGGCAAGCAUAUAGUACAGUGGUCGCGCAGCGGUGCGUACCUUGCACAAGGAACACCGCUGCUGCGUCACCUUGCCACACACGCUGCACGGACCUGAUGUAUCCAUCCUUUACGCCGAUUGCUCCUUUCGGCACAGGGCACUCUACGGGCGCUUCACGAGGUCCAGAAAGAUAGGCAGACGUUUCC